AUGGAAGCGCAUUCAUUGAUACCGGGGCAGGCGAACCAGCGAGUCGUUCCGAGCGACCGGGCACUGCAGGUGGGGCAGCUGGAGUCGCAGUUCCGCCGGUUGAACCAGUUGUGGGACACUGCUUUGGGGGUUCACUGGCACUCGACUAGAUUGCCGGCUCGGCUGGAUCAGGCUGAAUGCGGUUUGAAGGAAUUGCAGAAGUCGAUUGACGUCCGCCACGACGACCUUGCUUGUUUGCGCGAAGAUGUAGAUAGAUUAGUUACGAAGGAGAGAGAGGCGCACGAGCGGUCGGCGAGGUUGGUGAGAGAGUUGGGCGAGAAACAGAACAGCCAGAGCCGGACUCGGCAGGAGCAGUUGCGGCUGCGGGACGAGACGAACCAGUAUCACGACGAGAGUGAGCGGCUGGCGGAGGCGAUUCGGAGCAGUAAGCGGCGGGUGAAGGAGUGCCGGUUGAAGGUGAAUGUGGAGGCGGCGGUAUUUGCGAACGCGACGGGUGUGGUGGAACCGGAGUUGAUGUGCGGCGCGAGCGGCGCGGCUGAGCGCGUGUUGUUCAGUAAGGAAGGGUGGAGGGUGCGCCCGUUGUGCGGGGGGAGGGGUGCCUGCUGCCUAGAGGGGGCGGAGGGGGGUGCCUGCUGCCUAGAGGGGGGGGGCACUAUUGCCUGGGGAAAUUGCCCGCUGCCCAUUUCCCAGAGGGGGGAUGGGUGUCCGUUGAAGGGGGAUGCGUUGUGA